AUGCUUGUCCACGCAACCACAGCCCUCCCCCUUCUUGCUGGCCUUUUGGCUCAGACACUUGCUGCUCCCUCCCCGGGACAAGCCAACCGCCAAUCAGUCGCGGCUGUGCAGAAAUCAUCAGACCUCCAAGCACUGAGCGUCGAUGACGGCUCAGGCAUGCAAUGGACCGGAAACAUCUUUGAAGGAGAGGAGCCCAUUACCCUCUACGGCACAGCAGAGCAAAUCUACGACGCCAUUAUCAAGGCCAAUCCCAACUUCUCUGGCGCUGAUGUUUCCGACGCCGAGGCACGCAUUACCCCUAGAGACAUUCUGACCAAGAGAAAUCAACUUUCUUGCGCAGUCAUGGCAACCGCCGGUCACUAUGACGCAAAGAAUGCGGGUAAUUACCUUCGGUCACUUCGUGGCAUGUGCGGUGCCCCCAACAAAGAAUGUCGCCGUAUGACUUGCCAGAAUACAAGCGCGUCAUAUAUCUGCAGUGAAUUCUCUGAUGGUACGAGCAUCUUCUGCGCUACGGCGGCAGAUCAGGUCUAUUGGAUCGAGGGCACUUGCUGCAAGAAUGGAAACGGUGUCUCUGGCCACUCCUACGCCGACAACCGAGACUACAGUGUCUGGCUGGGCUACGGAAACUGCGGGCACUCCUCCAGUUCGCGCCCCUCGUCCUAUCCGUACCCGGGCGGCAGUCCCAAUGGCCUCUGCUAUUCAUAG